GCAGUUACCAAGACAACUGGGUGGCGCUAGAGCGCGCAGGAUGUAGGCGUAAGCGGAGGUUUUGCCCGCUAGCAGAGACUCUAGGAGUGAUCUUCUUUAUACUCCCAUUCUCUGAGGCCGUGUCCCUGUCCCCAAAGGCCAUGGGUCGGAUCUCGGGGCUCGUGCCCUCUCGCUUCCUGACACUUCUGGCGCAUCUAGUGGUCGUCAUCACCUUAUUCUGGUCCCGGGACAGCAACAUCCAAGCUUGCCUGCCUCUCAGUUUCACUCCUGAGGAAUAUGAGAAGCAAGACAUUCAGCUGGUGAUAGCACUGUCUGUCACCCUGGCCCUCUUUGCAGUGGAGCUGGCCGGUUUCUUCUCAGGAGUUUCCAUGUUCAACAGCACUCAGGGUCUCAUCUCUAUUGGGGCUCACUGUAGUGCAUCUGUGGCUCUAUCCUUCUUCAUAUUUGAGCGCUGGGAGUGUACCACAUACUGGUACAUUUUUGUCUUCUGCAGUGCCCUCCCAGCUAUCACUGAAGUGGCUUUAUUCGUCGCUGUCCUUGGUCUAAAAAAGAAACCUUUCUGAUCACCUUCAUGACGGGAAAGAAAGUAAGGACGAAGGAUGAUGGAGCGAGAAGCUGCUAACCGUUCCUGGAAGAAGGAAAGCAUAGGCUUCAGUUUCUUCUCCCUCUCCUCUCAAACUAUUUCUGGUAAAGGAUGGCAGUGGAAUAAUUAUCUCCCGAAUACGAGAUUAGCGUUUUCCUUAGUGCCUUGUAAUAAAAUAUAUUUUAUAGUAACAGCAAGACUUAUGCAAUUUGCAGGAGACAAUUGGGGUAGUUAAACUGCCGGAGAAAAGAAAGGCUGUUUCAGUCUUACAGACGGUAAGAUAACUAGUAUCGCUUCUACUUUGAUUUUUACGGUAGAUGUCAGGCGGAAGGAAGUGGGCGGGGAUAUGUAAAUAAUGAUGCGCUCAGAGCUCGGUACACGUAUGUGAGCAGAGCAUUAUGGGAGCAAUUAAUUUCUCCCUUUUUGGCGCGGAAGGAAAAAAUUUACUUUAAAAGAUUUUCGAAUGAAUUCGGCGUUAGCAUUAAAAGACCCCUAAGUAGCUGAGUUGAUCAGGUUAGCUUGUUAUAUACUCACCGUAGUUUACAGCGGAAUGUAUUCUACUGAGUACGGACAAGGCAACGGUACUUCGUAUCGUCAGGUGGGAUAAUCCUUACCUGUUCCUCCUUUUGGAGGGCAGAUAGAACAUGAUGAUUGGAGUUCGCAUGAUACGUGAUUAACGUCUCUGCGUAAUCAGGACUUGCAACACCCUGAUUGCUCCUAUCUGAUUCUUCCUGACGAUCUGAUACCUUUUAAUUUCCAGUGACUGAGAGAGUAAACGUGGGUGUAAGUCAUUUUCGAAUGAGAUGUUGUGUGAAUUGGGCUGCUUUCUUAUAUUUUAUGGUCAUGUGCUAGGAAAUUUGCUGUGUUUUUUUGUACGGUGCUGUUUAUCACUUGUUCUAUAAAGUUUCAGUCAUACUUA